AUGGUCCUUGAUCAGGAGAAGCUCGCUAAGUUGCAGGCUGCUAGCCGUACCGGCGGUAAGGGUGCCCCCCGCCGCAAGGUUGUGAAGAAGCCCAAGGGUGCUCUUGCCGGCGGUGACGAUGUCAAGCUGCAGGGCGCUCUCAAGAAGCUCGCUGUCCAGCCCCUGUCGGGCAUCGAGGAGGUGAACAUGUUCAAGGACGACGGCAACGUGCUGCACAUUGCCCAGCCUAAGGUUCACGGCGCGAUCGAGUCCAACACCCUCGCUGUGUACGGCCGCGCCCAGGACAAGGAGCUCACCGAGCUCGUGCCUGGCAUCCUCAACCAGCUCGGCCCGGAGUCGCUCGCCUCGCUCCGCAAGCUCGCUGAGAGCUACCAGGCGAUCAACGCCCAGCACGCUGCGCAGGGCGGUAACGACGGCGACGAUGUUCCGGACGUCGCCGGCAACUUUGACGAGGUGGAGCAGUCCGAGGCCGCUCCCGCCUCGACCGAGGUGGACCAGCUCGACUAA